AUGAGUCGAGAUGCGUAUCUCGCUCGCAUGGCCCUGGGUCGAUCAGUCUACGAGGCAUCACCAGAAACUGAAGAAGCACCUCCACUACCAACAAGAUCCGACGAGCAACAAUACAAUGCCAGAGGUGAACCCAUCAGCCUAGCUACCAUCCGCCACGAAGAGGCCAUGAUCGCUGCCAAAAACGAAUGCCUGGCUGCUGUAGGCGUGUGCGAAAAGAAAGACAAAAUCAUUGACCGUCUGAUCGACCAACUAUCGGAUGGCGAACAGCGCUUUCAUUUCUCUGACGAAGAAUGGGCUAUCAUCAAAGAAGGCGAAAAUGACUAUGGCGAACUCAUCCGCAUGACUGCAGAGACGUCAAGAAACUUCUUGGAGUGGUGGCUUUUGGGCCUGCGGAGAAGAUUACAAGUCGGUUAUGUCUCGUCUGAUCUCAGUCUCAUGGACAUUCUAUCAGUCGAGUGGACGUCGUUGACCAGUAAUGGAUUCUUUGGCGCCAUCCGGUUUCUCACGGUCGGAGGACUGGCAGAAGUCACAUCCCAACUCAUCAUAACCUUUGUCGACUGGUAUCUGGGCGAACAAGUCUUGAUGAUCAGUAAGAAGAUCAUCAGGCUCAAAGCCAGCACCAGAAAACGGUUUUGGCUGCUCAGAUGCCUAAAUUACAGCUACAAGGCCGUGAACACUUUGCUCCAUCUUUCAGUCUACCCUCUGGCCUCCUUUUCAUGUCUGCAACAGCUAGGCCUAGUAUCCUCGAAAUCCCUCUUACCUCCAAAAUCGUGGCUGGCACCUUGGAGUUCCGAAUCACCUCUCCGCUGGGCCUUUUUCGGUCAAGGGACGGUCAAGGGAUCGAAGUUGCUAGGAUUACUAGUUUCGCCAGCAAGUCUGUGGUUGACUAUGGCUUUGCUCCAACACUCUGCUGCAUCAGCAUACGGCCACGUUCCUCUUUUCGAAUACAACUGUAUCCUGGGUCCUCACAAUACCCCCUUAUUACCGCAAAUGACCGAUCCAGAAUCCAGCUAUCUGACACCCUUCUCACGCCUUCGGGAUAGAUUACUGCAAUCUCUAGGCUGGGCACCACUCCCUGCCGCACCGCAAACAGAAAAGCGAGAACUGACUCAGGACUCGAGUGCGCGCGACAAUUCCGCAAGAACCGAAACGCCACAACCGCAUACCGCAACUCGCUACCGUGUUACCGAACUUACAACCCUGCCCUCCAAUCUCUUGGCCUUGAAUCUGGAUUACAUGUUCUGGUCUGUCAUCUUGCUGCCGCUGGAUACUCUGCAUCUUACUUCUCUCGCGUCGGCCUUUUGCUCGAGCUCAGCAGCAAGAAAUAGUGAAGAGAGUGGUGUUUCUGUGGGAUUGGUACCCAGACUGCCAGCAUCGGGGAUGGGCAGAGUCAACAAGAUUGGCUUGUGCCUGGCAUUGGAGUUUACACUGGAUACGGCGGUGUGGAGCGGAGCGUUUCUGUGGACAAGGUAUAUUGGUAUGUCUAGGUAUUGGUGGGGACGUACAUGA